UAUCCAAGGAAAUUUGAGGUUGUGUUUGUGGUGCAGGAAGAAAAGCUGAUUGACUUGCAGAGAAUCCCUAAAAUAUAUUCCAGACUGCACCAGAAACUUGAUAGAGAGAAAAUGACUGAACUUGUGACUGAAGGAUUCACGCACGUCCUUGUGAUUGACUUCGAGGCGACUUGUUGGGAGGGAAAGUUUACCCAUACAUGUGAAAUCAUUGAAUUCCCCGCGGUGCUGUACAAUCUGGAGACGCAAAGGAUUGAGAAGGAAUUCCGGCAAUAUGUUCGUCCCACUGAAACUCCAGAACUGAGUGAAUUCUGCACAAGAUUCACCGGAAUAACGCAACAGCAAGUCAGGGAUGGUGUGAUCUUAGCUAAAUGCCUGCUGAUGUUCAACAACUGGGUGAAGGAAACUGUCCAGGAGAGAGGAUUGCUCUUCCCGCGCAUGGACAGGCGGAAUAUGCAUGGGAAUGUGGCUCUGAUGACUUGGUCUAAUUGGGACAUGACCAAGUGCUUGAAACAGGAAUGUGUCCGGAAGAGUCUCUCGAGAGCCUCAUACUUCAAUCAAUGGAUAGACUUGAAGAAAUGUUAUGAGGAGUGCUUCAAUUACCCUCCGAGAUCAUUCGCAGACGCCCUGGACUUUGCCAGGCUGAAAUUCGAAGGACGACAGCACUGUGGGAUGGACGAUGCGCGGAACAUAGCCAAAUUAGCGGGAUUAAUGCACAGGAGAGGCUACAGAUUUGAGUUAACAGCCAACUUGCUGCCGCCCAACAAGAUGAAUUUCCCAUUUUGAUCCCUUUCACCAUACAAUGGACAUGUUUUUCGGACGACUAUCGCAAUAGUGAAUUAUCAUGUUUAAUUGACUUUUUUUUAUUAUUAAACACUG